CUCUCUUAAAUGUUUUCAAUUGUAAACACUGUAGGGAUUGAACAGUUUUAAUUUGAUUUUGUGAAAUUUAUUGUGUAUUUUUCGAUAUAUAAAUUGAAAAAAUGUCGUCACGGUAUUUAAAACUUCUACAAAUCUGUGAUUUUGUGAAAGGGAACUUAAAUAGGAGAAAUAUGACCGAAGGAGAAGCUGUUUUGAAAGCAGGACAAGUAGUGCUGGUAGGUUGUUUGUUAAAAACUGAAAAUAAAAUAGACAUAAUUGGCUUGGUGUUACAAACUAGUGCUUUAACCUCAUUUCCUCACAAAUUAGAAGGCAUAUUAAAAUUUGCUUCCAAUUCAAACAUUGAAAUAGAACAAAUGGAUUGUUCUUGUAAAGGAGGACAAUCAGGCGCAUGUAAGCAUGUAGUAGCAAUUUUGCUAUUUUUGGAAAGGAAUAAUAUGGAUCUUGAAAAUUUAUCAUGCACGGAUUUGCAAUGCACAUAAAAAUCCCAAAAAACUACGAUUGUUACCUAUUUCUCUGCUGUUCCAGUAAAUGAAU